UAUUCUGAACACAUUCUUAUACAAGUGUAUUGUACAUGUGCAUGAAGUCAUUGCAAACUUGUUAGAAGAUCUGGACACAAAUAUUGACAUGGUAAAUACAGAAGGCAACAUGUUUAAUGUUGAUGUUUCUAUAGCCUAGAUAUGCAGUUAGAAACACAAAAAAGCUUGAUAAUAAUAAUUCGUCCGUCCGUCCGUCCGUCCGUCUGUCCGUCUGUCUGUCUGUCUGUCUGUCUGUCACGCAAAAUGGUAGCUUAGCUGCGCAGGUAGCGAGACGCACGCAAUGCGGUAUAAAAAGGACGGGCGAACCCGUGGAUUUUUCCACGUGCUAACGACUAGUAGUAGAAAAAUGUAUUAAUGUUUUUUUUAGACAACUAAAUAUAAUGACGGCUGAUAUAACGACGAUUAAAACUGAAAUUGAUUUUUUGUUAUGUGAAGCCGUCCAUCGGGAUUGUUACGAUGCUGUAUCUCUACUACUUGAUUUCAUAACAGGUAAAGACGACAGUAACCAGUUAACUGAAACAAACUGCAACCAGUGUAGUGUGCUAACUGGAACAGACAGAAAUAAAGUUUUUGUAAAAAGUGAAUUCUGUGAUUUUCAAGAACAUGCAGUAAGCAAAGCGUUGAUAAAUUCCGCGCAACAUGGCAACUUUCAAAUUUUAAAAUUAUUUUUAUCAAAUGGCUUUGGUAUUUCAGAACCGCAUGAUUUUGGCUGUCUUUGUUCCGUGUGCUCAGUUGAUAGGUUGGGACAAUCAAAACGACGUAUAGAACAUUUAAAAGCAUUGUCCAACCCUGUUUGGAUCGGCCUAACAUCCACUGAUCCCUUCCUGACGGCUUUUAAAAUCUACAAAAAAUGCAAAACAUUGGGGAGGCAAGAGGAUUGCUUUGAGAAGACCUAUCACCAAUUGAAAGAUGACUGCCAAAGGUUUUGUUGUCAAUUGCUUGACCAACUUGAAUCGGAAAACGAAGUUAUUUGUUUGAUGAAAUAUGAUGAAAUAAGAGUAAAAGAAAAUGGACAUUUAUCCUUCAUAAAGUUGGCAAUUGAGUAUGAGCAGAAAGAGGUGGUUGCGCACCCUAUUCCACAGCAUGUUAUCUCAUCUCUUGUAUUUGACAAUGUACCAGGAUGGCGGACCUCAGGUCUAUUAUACAGAAUAUGUUACAUUUUUCUCGUGGCCUGUCUUUUUCCACUGACGUCUAUAAUGCAUGUUAUUGCGCCGUGUUCGGUGUUUGGUGAGUUUGUGAAGAAUCCACUUGUGAAGUUUGUCAACGGUGCAGCUUCAUUCGUCACAUUGUUAGUUCUAUUAGCAGUUAUUGCUACGUCUGAAAAAGCUGGCAUCCGAACAGGAGAAACUCCCACACCGAUUGAAGCAACCUUGUUCGUAUGGACUAUUAGUUUACUUGUUCAUGAGUUUAAACAGUUGAUAUAUCAAGGCAAGCAAGAGUAUUUUAGCAUUGGAUGGAAUUGGAUUGACAUUAGCAUGAUUACUUUAAUGCUUUGCUCGUACUUCAUGUGGACAAUCAUGUACUUUCGAAAUCCGUCACACAAAGACGAGUCCUUUAAAUUUUUUGUUAGCUUUGCGGACGGAUUUUACGCCCUGGCAAUUGUGCUGAGCUUCUUCCGUAUGGUUUACUUAUGUCAGAUCACAAGAUUUCUUGGUCUACUGCAGCUUUGUUUGGGGAGAAUGCUUCAAGUUAUUUUUCAAUUCGCCUUUAUCAGCUGUGUGGUACUGUGGUCGUUUUCUGUUGGUAUGGUGUUUUUGUUUCAUUCAUCUGGCAAGUACGAAGAGAUUGUACGAUUAGCUGACCUGAAAAAUCAAAAUCAAUCAGCCGUGCAUGAAAUGCUUAGCGGAGGCUACAACGGAUUACCUGCUACUAUGGUAACGUUAGCCUGGGCAAGUAUGAACAUGGCUAAUCUGGACAGUUUAGAAGGUCUCAAUGAUGGUACAAUGAUUCAUCUGUGGAGCUACUUUUUGUUCACUCUCUACCACGGUGUUUCCAUGAUCGUGCUGCUAAAUAUGUUGAUUGCAAUGAUGAGUAAUUCCUACCAACAAAUAGAAAACAACAUUGAAGUCGAACAUAAGUAUGCUCGUACAAAUCUUUGGCUUGAAUACAUCAGUGGUGGAAACACCCUUCCUUGUCCGUUCAAUUUAAUUCCAUCACACGAUGCUCUUAAGAAAGCCUGUCGUUUUUUCAAGUCAUUGCAUAGAAGAAGAAGUGGGAAGUGUAAGGAAUUGGAAAAUACUUCGAGAGUAAAGUCAAGAGAAGAAUACACGAAAUUAUGCAAGACACUUAUCAGUCGUUAUUUCUCUCAAGUAAAAGGGGUUUAUUUUGAUGAUAAAGAUAUACCAACAAAUUCACCAUCAAACGAAAAGUUUGUUACAAAAUUAAAGUCGAAACUAAAAGCAUGGUCAAAUUUACUUCAAACAUCAAUACCACAAGAUAUAAUCCCAGGCGCGGAGGACGGCCAUUACAACCCAUUUUUCAGUGAAAACGAUUCAAGUACAGAAAUGAAUGGACAGAAGACAAGAAAAGAAAAUAUAGAGGUGUGCAGGCUAUGAGCAGGGGGCUGCAAGCACAUACAAAUCUACAUAAAACGAACGAACGUAUUUCACCUGUAUAAACAACUUAUGCACAUGUAUGUUAUAAGCAGUUCGUAUUGCACACAUCAGAUGAAACUCACUUAAGAUAAAAAUGUAAUUUGCGCGAAUUGGAGUUUUAUCAGAUUAUUCAAUGUGAGAGUAAAAUAUUUGUUAAUUAUA